CUCGAGCCAGGAUAUUUUCACUUCAGACCUGAGAACUUUUAAAAUAGAUGAGAGGUGAAGAAAAAAAAAUAUUGCGCCAUAUGUCUCUGGAUCGCUGUCACUUGUGCAGUGUUUCAAGGAGGAGACGAGCGGUGAACCUCGUUAAGGUGUCCAAACGCCAUUUAAGGCUGGACGUGCACGGGAGACAAGUGGACUUUUUUUCUUUUUUGCUUCUUCUAAUGGCUUCGCAUCUCUGAAGGGAAUCUCUAAUACAUGCGUUGUCAUAUUAGGGGAAUUUCUUUCCAUGAGAGCAGUGAUAUAGGCUGUCGUGACGUCUGCAUCAGAUAUUACCCACUUGCCUUUUUCUUUCUUUUUUUUCCCUUUUUCCUCCCCAAUGUGCAUUUUCCCCUCAGUGACUUUGCGCUGAUCUCCAUCAUCAUCUGCAGCAGCGACAAGAGGGGAAAGCAGGGAAUGAAGAUUUCAUUUGUCUUUUUUUGAGUCCACCGCUCCCAGCUCAAAGAAAUCAAGGUUUAACGACAGCACGUCGCUGGUUCCCGUAGCACCGCCGCUGCAGCUGCAACCAUGCCUCUUGUGCACACUUGGACCGGGAAAUUUCAUCCACCGAUUUGAGACUACUUUCUGUCUGUUUCUCGACAUUCUUGCCAUCGCCUUUUGACACUUUUAGAUUUAGUGCGUGCGCUUGUUUUUCCAGCAAGAUGUCCGAUCUGUUGGUGUUGGUCGAGGGGCUCUGUGACCUGCACGGAUUUCCAUAGCGGGGGCCAAUUAUUAAGAUUUUUUUUGACACCGAGAAGCCUGCUUGAAGACGUCGUAUGCGUAGAUGUAGGCUAGUUUAUUCGACAUUCUAUUCCCAUUGCCCGUUUUUAGUUUGUGCAUUUGCCGGAGGGACCACGGGACUGGUUGGAUUAUAGAGACUAGAAAUAAGGAUUUGUGGAGAUGUUGGGUGGUCAAGAAGAUAAAUUAUGUGGAAUUUUCUCUGCUCUGGCGGCUUUGUCCUUCGCAUGCUUUAUUCAAAGCUCCACUGGAAGCACCGGAAUGUCUUUGGCCAAGACUACCGUGGACAAGUUGCUGAAGGGAUACGACAUCCGUUUAAGGCCUGAUUUUGGAGGUGCUCCAGUCAUAGUCGGGAUGAGCAUCAACAUAGCAAGCAUCGAUUCCAUCUCAGAAGUAAACAUGGACUAUACCAUCACAAUGUAUUUCCAGCAAAGUUGGCGAGAUAAACGUUUGGCCUAUGGGGAAUUGAACCUCAACUUGACUUUGGAUAACCGUGUGGCAGAUCAGCUUUGGCUCCCAGACACUUACUUCCUGAACGACAAGAAGUCCUUUCUUCACGGAGUGACGGUUAAAAACCGUAUGAUCCGACUUCACCCUGACGGGACCGUCUUGUACGGGCUGAGAAUAACCACCACUGCUGCUUGCAUGAUGGACCUGAGGAGAUACCCUCUUGAUGAACAGAACUGCACCUUGGAAAUUGAAAGCUACGGAUACACCACAGAUGAUAUUGUGUUCUUCUGGCAAGGAGGGGACAGCGCCGUGACGGGUGUGGACAAGUUAGAGUUACCUCAGUUCUCCAUUGUGGACAUUCGAUUGGUUUCCAAGGAAGUAAGGUUUACUACCGGUUCUUAUCCGAGGCUUUCGCUGAGUUUCAGGAUUAAGAGGAACAUUGGAUAUUUCAUCUUGCAGACAUACAUGCCUUCCAUUUUGAUCACCAUUCUGUCCUGGGUCUCUUUCUGGAUCAAUUAUGAUGCCUCUGCAGCUCGGGUGGCCCUGGGUGUGACAACGGUGCUCACCAUGACAACAAUUAACACCCACCUUAGGGAGACUCUCCCAAAGAUCCCCUACGUGAAAGCCAUCGACGUCUACCUCAUGGGCUGUUUUGUGUUUGUGUUCCUGGCCCUGCUGGAAUAUGCCUUUGUAAAUUAUGUGUUCUUUGGCCGGGGCCCGGCGCAACAGAAGAAAAUCAAUGAGAGGCUGAAUAAAGUCAACAAUGAGCGCACACGAUACGAAGAGAAGCGCCUAAGGGAACAGGACUCCAUUUCCGUGCCGUUUCAAAGCAACACCUUCAGGUCAUUUACACAGCGAAGAAAUCUGUAUCUCGAGGAACAAAGAAAAGUUGGGGUGGAUGCGUACGGCAACAUUCUCCUCACCACUCUGGAAAUGAACAACGAGGUGAUGCCUUCUGACGUGGGGAGCAGCGUUAGUGACUCUCGGAAUUCAGUCAUGUCCUUUGACAGCUCCGGGGUCCAAUUCAGGAAGCCCAUGGCGCCCCGAGAUGGCUUCAGCCACCACUCGCUGGAUCGGAGCGCUAUGCGGAGCCGGGCCAACUGCCGACUACGGCGGCGCUCGUCCAAGCUCAAGUUGAAAAUCCCCAACCUGUCAGAUGUAAGCACCAUUGACAAGUGGUCCCGGGUCAUAUUCCCUAUCACUUUUGGAUUUUUCAACCUAAUCUAUUGGUUGUACUAUGUGAAUUGAUGUGCAUCCCACUAGGAAUCAUGGGCCAUAUUUUGAGAGCACAUUAAAUUGGCUUUGAUACAGAUCCAAAAUAUGUAUACACAUACAGUUUGAACAUAUGUAUAUGCAUAUUUCUAUACAGUAUAUUAUAUUUAUAUAUACACACACACACACCUGAAACCUGAAGGACUUUUCUGCUGUACAAAGUAUUAAUAGGAUGACUUGAAUGUUUCCGAAAAGAAAAAAAUGUGAGAAGAAUUUCAAGGCUUUGAGUUCCUUUUUCCUCCUGAAACAAACAAACAAAUAUGAGAUCCCCGUGGGGAUUUUUGGAACUACAGACUGCAUGAUAUUUUUGCUACUAAAAAUGGGAAAAAUAAGAAGUUAAAAAAAAAAGAGAAGCGAAAGCUCUUGAAGGAGUGAAGAUGCCCCCAUUGACUUUUUAUUGAUUCUUGUUGUAAUCAGAAAUCCUCUACUGCAGCUCAUGAAAUCAGUGGUGGCUUGUCUGGUCAGGCAUCAGCUGAGCAAGGUCCUUGAACACCUCCCCCGUCCGUCCCCGCCCCCCAUGUAGCCCAUGAAUACAAAGUGCACGAAAAUCUCCGGUUCCACCAUGUACAGCAACCUUGUUUGGAAUGUGUUGUUCUUUCAUUUAUUUUUUUAUAUAUAUAAUUCAUUUGAAAUGGUAGUGUUCUCUUGAUCAGACAUCAGUCACGUGAUGUUUGACCACCACGUUUGUGCAACAUAAAGUUCAAAAUCUAUUUUCAGGUGAUGGGAGGGCGGCGGGGGUCUACUUUUCUUUAUGGUUUGAAACAAGUGCUGAUUAUUGUAGAUAUAAUUUUGUCUUGAAAAAUACUGUGAUUUCAAAGUGUUGGAAAAUGUUCUGAAGCUAGGGCAUUACCAGAUAACGUUUCGCAUUACUCAUUUGGAUUGUUUAGGGGGUAAAAAAAACAAAACAUUAAGUAUAUUUGUACUGUUUAUUUCCUCUUGUUGACUGAUUUACAUGCUCUUUAGAUGCAGCGUUCAUGGGCGUCAUUCCUGCUGUGUGAAAUUGGGAGGAGUGAUGUGUCGCUUUUUUGUGAUUUGUUGGAACCAAUCCACGGUAAAAAAAAAAAAAAAAAAAAAAGGUAUAUUCAACAGAGUCAACAUAUCAGGUCACAGUUUUGUUCUGUAGUUUUUAUGGUUUCUUUGUAUAUUGAGCUUCUCUUCAGUAUUGGACUAAGGAAACACAGAUGGGAUGGAUUCAACAUUUCAAAUCAAACAUACACACCCAUAAGUAGAAUACUGAGUUGGAGGUUUGCAUCAAAUUGAAAUCUUUAUUCUUUUGUUCUACUCUGUCGUGCAAAAUGUAGCCUCUGAGUUUGAUUCAGACUGGAAAAUUCAUUCUUGUCUAGUUUGUUCUGUCCCCCCCCCCGUAAGAAGGACACUUGAUUUAAAGGGUGAAACAUCAAGAAGGCCGUGUAGCAGACAUUUUUUCAUCUUGACGGAAGAUAAUCAUAUUCAAUUGCGUUUGUAGGAGCAUCAUAUGCAGUAGAACUAUGUUUAAUUGUCUACCCCCAUCCCAAAAAAUAUACUUGGACCUCUCAGGUGCCAGGCCAGAUAAUUGCCUUUUGGGUACGUAACGAUUUUUCCAGGAUUCUUUUUUUUUUCCCCCCCACAUUUCCCUCUGUCCUUCGAAGGGUACAUGACAAAUGUUUAUCAGCAUUUUGUAAAGAUUUUUUUAGAUUUGUUAAAAAUAUAUAUAUUAUGCAGACCCCCUGAGAUAUUCUUGGCCACCCCUGGGCCCCCCCUCAGCAAAAAAAUCUAGCUCCGCCCAUGUCACAUCCCCUUUCUUCUGUUCAAGAACCAAAAUGAUCACAGCAAAUAUAAAUGGAAAUGAUUUCAAAUGCAACUGGAUGGUCUAACACUCCUAUUUAAGUACAGAAUUGUAUGCAUACCUUACAUAACUUUUAGUUCGAGAUUAAAUCUCCCACAAAAUAACUCCCACUCUACGACAUGAGUCAAUUCUGCAUAUUUUUAAUUUUUUACAUAUUUCAGAUGUAAGUUAGUGAUUACAGAUGUACAAAUGUUGCAGAUAUGCAUAAUCACUCUUAUUAUGUUUAUUAUUUCCACUGUCUAUGUCUUUGAUCAGUAUUGAAUAAGUUGGUAAGGAUUUUGAAGGUACAUAUCUUACCAUUUUUUUUUCUUCCAUUUCUCUGAAAAGACAAUGUGAUGGAUGUUUGCUGAAAAAAAAUGUGUUUCUCCUUUACAUUAACAAAAGCAGCCCUUGCAUGCAUCACAUUAUAUUUACCUGACACAGCUUUCUGGGUAUGGAAUUCGCACAUUCAUCCCAACAGCUGUGAGGACCUUAUAUUUUAAGAUUUUACUCUUCGUAGCCUACAAAUGUUUCUACAAGAUGGCGCUUAUGUUCAUUUAACACAUGUUCAAGAUGUGGAAGGGGAGGGAAAGUGUUGAUCUGAGUUCAAUGUGAAUUUUUAUUGCCUCUAGUGUAUAUGUGUAAUUACAUGUGAAUUGUACUGUAAAUAUGAUAUCUUUCACUUAAUACUUCUUAAUGCAUGAACAAAAACACGGCAGUUCGUAAAUACCAACUGGCCUCACUGCUAAUGGCAUGGACAGCUUCUCUGGCAUUGGCAUACUUCGGCAAACAAAAUCAAGAAAGAAAAAAAAAAAAAGAUGCGUGUUGACAAAAUAAUGGAGUAUUCAACAAGUCCUCUCACAGUGAUGAGUUUGUGGAGACUGUUCACAAAACCCAGCCCGAGUGCAAAGCUAAAGUUGGCUUAAAGCUUUUGCUCUUUGUCAGCAAAUAGGAUGGCGUCGACUUGAAUGACAUUUUUUCGUUGCCCAAGUCAACGCAUCCGAACCUACUUGCAGUGUUUACCUCAACCAUCAAAACAAUCACUGAUUCAUCUCUCCUUCUUUAAACACAUAUAUAUAGAUAUAUAUGGGGAAAAGGGCGUUAUGGCCAAUCUGGCUCAUAAAGGCUUUGAGGAGCAGGAUAUGCCUUAAGAAGGCGAGUUGGAUGUUUUUUCCUGUUCCUCGAGAAAAGAAAAAAAAAGCUUCACAUGUGCCCUUAAGCAAGGUACGUAGCCAAGUCGUCGUGCAGCUGCUCCUUUGCCAACAAUAGAUCUUAACAUGUGCAGAAGUAAAUAUGUUCAGCGACAGUAUGUCCAGGCUAGUAAGGGGUAUUUCAUUCCUGUAAAUGUGGAUUGACGGACGAGACAGACGAGACCAAAAAGAUAAAGUCACAGUAUCAAAUUCGGAUGAUUUUGAAAUCAAGUUAUAUCAUCCUGCACAGGAACUGCACUUGUUAAAAACACGCAGCAACAAAAUAGACAGUGUUGUUCUUUCUCAGGAACAUGCAGUUGAUAUUAAUCAUGAUAUUCCACUCAAAUUACCGUAAUGAAUGCAAAUGCGGACGUCGUAAUAUUCCAACCUUAUUCUCGUAAAUGUAGGACUUUCUUUUUGUAAUAUGUGUUUAUUCGCCUGACAUUAGGGACUUUAUUUGGCCUGAACAAAUUUCAAUUCCAAAAGUAAAUAAAGCCUUUUAGAGUGACUUUAAUCUUUUGAACACAUUACCAA